AUGAUCCUUCGACAGCCUGGCCGCCAGCUUUCAUUUGCAGAGGCCUCCGCCGUCAAUUCCGGUUACGAAGCUCCCGCUGCUGUUAUUCACACUACAGAUAAUCAUUCGGAAUGGAUUCAUCAGCUCAACGAGCGAACGCCCUAUCACCUGUGGAAGGGCCCCGGCAUCGUAUUCACCCCCACUGGGUUUCAGAUGCGUCUGCCUCGAUUCCAGGAUUGGUACUUCAUGGAUGGUGAGAGUGUAUUCGAGGAUGGCCGGGAAAUGGAGGUGGAAAUUUCCGGAACUGGCGAUCCAACUUGGGCAGUGAAUAGGAGCUACAGGGAACGGUCUAGUCUGAAUAUGCUCGCCGCGACGAAUGCUAACCCCCGCAUGUUUUGGCUCUACAUGAGUGCUGCUAAGGCCUUCAACAUCGACGUUGAAUCCGAGAUAUCCUUACCGAAUAUGCGCUUGUUGCUGGGGCACUAUAAGACGGCUUUGAGGUUCGUCCUUGGGACCCUCAUUCUUCUCGAUAAUGGCAUGUAG